GUUCAUUCGUUCGCAAACCGUCACAUGACCGGAAGCUGACAUGAGUUGCUAGUUUUGAAGUGAAAACAAACCCUGCUUGGUUAUUACAUGUUUUAUUAGCCAAAUAAUUACUUCACAACGCGACAUAUAGUUACGUUAUGAAUUAUUGGAUAGACUGUUGAAUCAAUGAGGCGGAAAGUUAAAAAGCUAAUUCAUGAAACCUGGGUAAGAAGAAAGAGUUAGCAUGAACAGCUAGCUGGCUAACUGCUUUAUGUGUGGCUAAUAUGUUUUACUGCCUGCGUACGUUUUCACGUUAUGUGUUAAGAAAUGGCCUCGGUGCGAACAUAAGUUUCUAGAUCUGAGCUUGCAUUUAAGCUGUUGUCGUUGAAUUCUAAAGUUACCGCGCAAAUCUUGCUAAUAUGCAAAUUAAACAGUCGCAGGGGAAAUCUUGCCUGAACUAGCUGUCUGUGCAGACUGAUCGCAGCAGCUGGGAAUAUGUUGGCAAGCCUAUUUAAUGUGAGGAAAAGUACAUCAUCAUGGACGACUCGGAUCAGGAUUUUGUAGAUCUCUGCUCGAAGCCGCUAAAAAGAGUCCGACAGAAACCAAGUGUGUCCAGUCAGCCAAGGAAAGCACAACAUCAGAGCUGCAGUCAAACAAGCGAUCGAGACGUUAGGAGGAGGAACAACAGAAAAGAUACAGACUCUGCUAGCCAACCUGUAAGUGCUGGAGCAGAGCAGCAUGUGGACAGUGGAGGGACUGGACAUGACUCGGGAGAUGCUGGGUCAUCGGUGGUGCCUUCUGCAGCUGGAGGGCCGAGAUCUGACAGAGGCCAAAGAGCAAAAGACAAAGUACUUUUCAGAAUGCAGCAGUUCAGGAGAGCCAGUCCACCAAAGAUGGUGCAUUCAGAUAAGAGCCAGCCAACAAGCCAGGACUGUGCUCCUUUUGCAGAGCAACAAAGAGAAGGUACUACAGAGUCCUUCAGCUCUGUUUUUCACCCAGAGCCCCCAGACAGCGAUGAGGCUCUGGCCCUGCGACUGCAGCAGCAGCUGGACAGGGAGGCAGCCGAGGCCCAGACUGUGGACUUGGAGGAUGGAGGCCUUUUCUUCUGUCAGAUCUGCCACAAAGACUUGUCACACAUGACACCCGAAGGACGCACACAGCACCUCAACAGGUGUUUAGAUGAGAGUGAAGAGAGUGCUCCAGCUCCUCCUCCACCUCCCAGUGUCCCCGACUGUCCCAUCUGUGGCAAAAAGUUCAAAUCCCAGAAGAGUCGUUCGGCCCACCUGAAGCGCUGCUCCUCAGAUAUGGGCGUCUCUCCAGCUGUGUUGCUGCAGGCUUUGCAAAGACAAGCUGAAGAGAACAAGAGCACCGCCACUGCUAACACACACAUACAGACUGUGGGCACCAAAAGGAAAGGCCCAUCAAAGUCGGGACUUCAAGCGAGGAAGAAGCCCAGGAAGAAGACUGAACCCAUGGAUGAAGAGACCAUGGUGGCUCUGGCUCUGUCCUCCUCCCUGCUGGAACAGCAGAAGGAACAGCUGAGAGAGACGGAGGCAGAGAGGCAGCUACAACCAGAGACUGCUGCUUCACACAGCUCCAUUACUCCACUGCUGAAGUGGAGGACAGACGCAGGGAAAGGACGAGGAAAGAGGAAGAAGGGGGCCGUCCCUCGUCCUCCUCCUCUCCUCCUGGUUCAGGAUGCUGAGGCGGCCCUGACCAGGCUGCAGGAGCGCGUUUCUGCUCUUCUUCUACGCAGCCGGGCCCCCUCGCCUCCCACCCCGACCCUCUGCCCCAGCACUCUGCCCAGCUGGAGCGGUGCUGCCCCCCUCUGGCAGAAAAGCGCACUGCUGGACGGAGGCUCCACCAGUAUGUCUGAUUUUUAUGCUCCACAACUCAGGGAGUUCUUCACACCUCAGGAAUCGGUAACGACCGAUGCAGCUUCAUUCAGCACCAACACCAAGCCUGAGUCUUCUCUCCAACCCGUGGCUGAAAGAACUCCUCUCUCAGGGACCAGGGCCUCCAUCCUGCUCUCUCCAUCCAGGACAGCCUCCUGCUCUCCAGUUCCCUCCACUCCGGUGGGCAGCCAGGUUCUCCGAGACCUGAUGGAGCUGGCCGAAGAAGGCAUGACCCUCUCACAGUAUGGAUACACUGCCAGAGGCAGCCAGAUCAAUGCGGGUCUGUCCACAAAUCUUCCUCUGAGCGGCUUCAUCCAGGAGGAGUCGGAGGAGCAGGUUGAUCUCUGUGCCAGCGGCUUUCUACCAGAGAAGACCAACGCAGACUUAGAGGAAACCUACAGUCAAGUGGUGAGGACGACUGAUCAGCCAAGAGCAGUCAAAGAAACAAACAGGCACCAAUCGGCGACGCUGUCCAGGCUGGCGUCAGACCUGAGCAGCAUGGUGAACAACCCUCAGCUGAGUGACGUGCAGCUCCAGGUGGACAGUGGAGAGAUCUACUUUGCUCAUUCCUUCAUGGUGUACGCUCGCUGCCCCCUGCUGGCUGAAAUGGUGCAUGAAAGUGGUUUUGGAGUGCAGGAGGAAGACACGCCUGCAGGUAAGAGGGUGUUAAUAAACGACGUCCCCGGCCAGGCAGUGUUCACUUUGCUGCAGUACCUCUACACGGCCCACUGCUCCAUCCCAGCAUCACUGCAGCCUCAUUUACUGGAGCUGGCGUCCAGGUUUGACCUGCAGGAGCUACAGCAGCUUUGUCAGCUCCACCCAGACGAGGCAGCAGCUCUGAGAGAUGAGGCAGAUUACACAAGCCAGGAGGAGAAUUACAACAGCCGAACAGACCAGGCCAUCCUAGAGCUCCUCCGCUCCAUGUGGAACGGAGAGGAUGAAGAUAACGACGGGGCAGAUUCAGACGGACAUGAUGAAGGGAGGCGUCUGGAGGAGGACCGUCAAGCUGACGAGGUGGCAUCAGGUGACAGAGAGAUUUGUGAGGAACAAGUGAAUGAGGAAGAGCUGGAGGAGAUCUACGAGUUUGCUGCCACGCAGAGGAAGAGGGAGGAGACAGACAGCCAGGAGGAGGAGGAGGAGGAUGAGGAGGAGAGGUUAGACGAAGAAGAUGGUGAUGUAGUGUUUACAAAACUUAGAGAACACAAAACAGGCUUUUGUGAAAAAAGCCUGCAGCCCAACUCUGAACUUGAACCAAACCUCAGCCUGGAUCGCAGCUACAAUCGUCUCUUUUCAGACUCCUGGGGGGUCUACGAGGAAGGAGAUCGCUCCUCUGUUGCCUCUACCUCUACAAGGACAAAGACUACUCAGUCCAAACACAAAUCUCUUCAUAAACCAUCCUCUGAAUUAUCUGGCAGAAUUUUGCUUCAGUCCUCAGCAAGUUUAGUCGACGAUCUUUCCCUUAGCCCUCCACCCAGUACAUCCAACAUGCCCACUGCAGGUCUGUCCCCCGGUCCAGUGGGUGACUUGGGUGGAGACAAAGGAGAAGAAGCUGUUGAACAGGAUGUCCCUUUAAAGCGAGAAAGCCAAGGUCCUCGUAGUAUUUGCAUCCCGCCUCACACUGAUUCACCUCAGAAAAAAGAGGAACCAGAGCUCAUAGUGUUGUCUGACUCCGGCGAGGAGAUGGAGGUGGAUGUUGCUGUUCUUAGUUCCCACAGUCCUUUGCCAUUUUCACCCUCUGUCCAGAGCUGCACAGAGAUUAAGUCCAAGCAGAUCCCACCACGUAAGGUGCCUGCUUUGGAGAAUAAAGAGUCCAGCAGUUUGGAGUUAAGUCCUGCUGAUGCACUAGCGUGUUCUCCAGAGGUUUCCUGGCUGAUCCCGUCCACACCAGUCCAUCCUGGAAGAAGCACCACGAGCAGCUCCACUCAGACCCAAAGCAGCAUGUGCAGGACGCAACUGUUCCCUAAAGGUGAUGCCUCCCCACCUUCAGCCUCUGUUUUCUCUUCUCCUGCUUUACCGAGCAACAGCAGGCUUCAUACCUCCAACAGUCCAACCAAAGUUUCUGCCUAUGUUGGCCCAACAGAGGACAGUGUCUCCAGGUUAAAGCUGAGCAGGAUGAUUCCCAGCAGCUCCAGCUUGGACCUCAGUGUUUUUCCUAAUAAAAGUAAUAAUUCUUCGGUUCUCCUGUCCAAAUCUACAAACUCUUAUUCCCUCAAAGCUUCCUUAAAGCAGGAUACCCCCCUCCACCUGCAGCCACAGCUUCACAGCAGCACUCCCCUUCAUACUGACCUCCACCAGCCCCCUGUUCUUCUCGCUGCCUCACCGCUCCACACUGAUCUUGAUGAGCAGAGGUCAGCACCUUUAGAAAGAACAGAAACAACAGAAUUAGGGAGCUUCCAUCUCUCGCCUUUGUCCGACCCCUCAGAGCGACUCUUUUCUUCCUCUCACAGCGGUCUUCAAAAUUCAAAGAGACACAGCAAGUCCUCCAGCCAAAGUCAACACUCUGUUGAGUCCAGCAGCAGAGACAAUGCAGGGGUUGAGCUGACGAGGAGGGAAGAAAGAAACGAGGAGUUAGAAGGAGAUAAUAAAGACUGGGGAGGUGAAGAGCAGGAAGAUGCAAAAGGAGCAACUGGAGGGGCAGAUGGUGCAGAGUCCAGUUUCCAUCAGAGUUUCUUGGACAUGGAUGAGCCUCCCAUAGCUUUUAAUGACUCGUGGGGUCUGGACGCCUGUGUGGACAACAGUCCAGGCUGCGUCAGUCUGAGGCUGGAGGACAGCGGACGAUCUGGCAAACAAGAGCACAGCUCAGGACAACAAGAAACAGCCUCUCCACCGUCUAAGCGCAGUGUUCAGUCAUUAGACACCCGUGACAGUGUGACUCCUCCUGCACCACCGAAAGGUCAGCAACCAUGCAGCAGACUACAGGCACGAGCUUCACCAGGGUUUGAUAAAGGCCUCCUGGACUCCAAAAUAUGGGACAGCUGGGAGGAGGAAGAAGAAGAAGAGGAGGUUCUUCCUCUUUCUCAGAGGCUGAACCCGUCGGCACAGCUCAAAACCCCAGUGUCAACAUGCAGUAAAAGGAAACGCUCCCUGGUGCCCAUCACUCCCAUGCCGCACUACUCUGACAUGGACACACCAGAACUCAAGAACAAGCUCAACAGGUUCGGUGUUCGGCCUUUACCAAAGCGCCAGAUGAUCCUCAAACUGAAGGAGAUCCACCAGUACACCCACCAGCUGGUCAGCUCCGACUCUGAGGACGAUGCUCCCCCUGCAGGCCAGACGGCUCAAAUCAAGCCUCCUGUCAGCAGACCUGCCUCCAGCGUCAAGUUUACAGAACCACUCGCUGCAGUGUCUCCUGUGAAGCAGCGCAGAGAAGACGAAGCAGAGCCGCUGUCGGCCUCACAGGGCUCCAACACCUCUUCAACCGCAGCCAGCGAAGAAUCUGAAAGGUCCAACCCAGAGUUGUGCGUCUCCUCUGAUGGCGAAUCUGACAGCGAUGCCGGCAUCUCGUGUUCCCAAGCAGCGUCCCGUCUCCAGGAUCGCCUAAAGGCCGUGCGUUCCUUCAUUCUGUCUGACUCCCAGCUCUACAGUCAGAUCCUCCAGUACCAGCCGCUGGUUCUGUCCCGGCUCCAGCAGCAGCUUAAGGCGGCCGGGAUCCGCCUCGGAGCCGCCAAGCUGGUGGACUACCUGGACUCUCAGUGCAUCACCUUCACCACGGCCAAGCCGGGCCACUCUGCACCCAGCCGCAGGCAGGGCAGGAGGACAGAGAGGGGGGCAAAAACAGGUGGACGAGGGGCAAGUAGGAAAAAAGUUGUUGCAGCCAUGACUUAAGUUUUACACAAAAACUGUUCGAGGUGGCAAGUUUUAUUUCAGAGCUUGGAACAUUUGUUUGCACAUAAUCUCCAGGCUGAAUACACCAUGUGGAAAUGUAGGAUUCUGAGGCCUUAAAGUUGUUUCUUAACAGCUGUAUCCAUAGUGAGGGCAGGUUUAAGAUGAUUUUAAGGUUUUAAGUGUUUGCAGAUGUUGCAUUUAUUAUAAAGCCCACUGUGAAAAUAAAACAAAAUAAAUGUUUCUGUGGCCCGUC